UUUGUCACAACCCUAAACCCUCACACCGCAUCUCUCACACUCCACGCACUCUUAGAAAUGGCCGCCGCCGCUCGCCCCCUCGUCACUGUCCAAACCCUUGACGGCGACAUGGCCACCGAUCAGUGCCAGACCGUCGCCUUACCCGACGUCAUGAAGGUGCCGAUCCGCCCCGACGUCGUCACAGCCGUCCACUCCCAAAUGUCGAACAACAGCCGCCAGCCCUACGCGGUUUCCAAGAAGGCCGGUCACCAGACCUCAGCCGAGUCCUGGGGAACUGGACGCGCCGUCUCGCGUAUCCCUCGUGUUCCCGGUGGCGGGACCCACCGCGCCGGGCAGGGAGCCUUCGGAAACAUGUGCCGUGGCGGGCGCAUGUUCGCUCCCACCAAGAUCUGGCGCCGCUGGCACCGAAGGAUCAACGUGAACCAGAAGCGAUACGCCAUCGUUUCGGCGAUUGCGGCUUCUGCCGUUCCCUCUCUGGUCAUGGCCCGCGGUCACAAAAUCGAGACCGUUCCGGAGCUUCCUCUUGUUGUCAGCGACUCGGCUGAGGGCGUGGAGAAGACUUCGGCUGCUCUGAAGCUUCUGAAGCAGAUUGGGGCUUACGCCGACGCCGAGAAGGCAAAGGACAGCCACGCGAUUCGCCCUGGAAAGGGUAAGAUGAGGAACAGGAGGUACAUCAACCGCAAGGGACCUCUGAUUGUGUACGGAACUGAAGGGGCUAAGCUGGUGAAGGCUUUCAGGAACCUCCCCGGUGUCGAGAUUAUCAAUGUGGAGAGGCUCAACCUGCUGAAGCUCGCUCCUGGUGGGCAUUUGGGUCGGUUUGUGAUCUGGACCAAGUCCGCUUUCGAGAAGCUCGACUCGAUUUACGGGUCGUUUGACAAGCUCUCGGAGAAGAAGAAGGGAUACGUGCUGCCGAGGUCGAAGAUGUUGAAUGCUGACUUGGCUAGGAUCAUAAAUUCUGAUGAGGUUCAGUCAGUCGUCAGGCCUAUCAAGAAGGAUGCCAAGAGGGCUCCGAUGAAAAAGAACCCUCUCAAAAACCUGAACACUUUGCUAAAGUUGAAUCCUUAUGCUAAAACCGCAAGGAGAAUGUCUCUUUUGGCUGAGGAGCAGCGCGUGAAGGCUAAGAAGGAGAAGCUUGACAAGAAAAGAAAGCCCAUUACUAAGGAGGAGGCUACCGCCAUCAAGGCAGCUGGAAAGGCUUGGUACAAAACCAUGAUCUCUGACAGCGAUUACACCGAGUUCGACAACUUCACGAAGUGGCUCGGGGUUGCCCAGUGAUUUAGUUUAUUGCUUUAAACUCCUAUAAGACAUUGCUUUUGUUAGUCUAUUUUGCUGUGGUGUUUAUCUGUGCCUUUUGUUUACUUUUAGUCAUGGAUGAGAAGUUUAUGGGAAAUGAGUUUAUUGAACAAGCAAGUUUUGAUUUGUUAUUCCUCCAUUUGAUCUGGUUGGAGAUUUUCUAUAACGUGCACUGGGCAGUGUAAUAUUUUUGUUACUUUUCCGCUAUGCUUCGCUCUGAUCAUGUUAUGGUCAUUUGGUUAUAUUACUGCUUGUUAUGA